AAAUUUUUUUAAAAAAAAAUUUUAGAUAAAGAAAAAAAGUAUCAUUAUUCCGUUAACUUCUAUUCAAUGUCGUCAAGAAGUCAUAUACGUGGCACUCCGUAUGCUCAAAAAAUUAAUUCAAACAACCACAACGGAAGAACUACUAAGAGAAGUUCUUCGAAGUUGUGUCCUAAUUGUAAUGAAACAAAAGAUUGUGUCAAGUUAUUUUCUAAUAAAGUAAAAAGAAUUGAAGAAAUUAUUAACAAUUAUAAAAAUUUUCCUAAAAAAAAUACCAAUCAGUCUUUAUUCAUGUCAAAUUUCACUCUGAAUAAUAAACCUUAUAAAUCAGAAUACGACUUAUCAAAUUUCACCUUAGAAAACUUACAAAAUUUAGUAAUAUUUAUAACACAAAAUUGUAAUAAUGAUAACAAAACCUCUUGCAAAUUUUAGAUUUUUAUUAAAUAUUAAAACGUGAAAUUCGUAAUAUUUAUUUAGUUUAAAAAAGGAUAUUCUCUUUUAACUUUUGAUAUAUUUAUUAUUAUGACAAAUUAAUAGAUUAUUUGAAAUUUUUAGGUAGAUCAGUCCAUGUAAUUCAUAAUGAAUUAGUUCAGAAAUAUGUCGAAUUCCUGAUGUCACCGUGUCAGUAGUGCACACGUUAAAAUCAAACAAAAUGUAUAUAUGAUUUCAUUUCCAACUUUACAUUAUGUUUCAGCCACAUUAAUUCGGAUAUACAAUUGAAAAUAAAUUACUAUGAGUAAUUUUUUUUACUUAUUUAAUGACCAUUACUUUUUAAAUAAAAAAUUUUGUUGUUUCUUAUAUAAUAAUGUCUAUAAAUG